UAUAAAUUGGGAGCGAGGAGUAUGUAAUAGUGAGUGAAGUGAUGUUUACCUAUGUAUACAGUAACGAGCCGUAGUCUCUUACCCUAGUCUCUCACAAUUUGCAUUCCCUGUUUACAAAAAAACUCAGCCGGCACAUUUGGAGCUAAGAAGAGGUAGAGAAAAAUGGUGGUAAGAUUGCGGUUGUCGAGGUUUGGAUGCAAAAACAAACCUUUUUACAGAGUAAUGGCGGCGGAUAGCAGAUCUCCCCGAGAUGGCAAGCACUUGGAAGUCCUCGGUUACUACAAUCCUCUCCCAGGUCAAGAUGGUGGCAAACGGAUGGGUCUUAAUUUUGACCGGGUGAAAUAUUGGUUAUCCGUUGGUGCACAGCCGUCAGAACUGGUUGAACGUCUUCUUUUCCGAGCAGGCGUAUUACCUCCUCCACCUAUGCUAGCUAUGGGACAAAAAGGUGGUCCACGGGACACUUGUCCAGUUCAUCCUAUGACUGGACGUGUCAUGGCACCGGAAAGUGUCAAAAUUGCUGAUCCAAAAGUUAGUUCUGAAGUUGAUGGAGAUGACAAAGCUUAGAACCCGACUAGUUAUAUUUUAUACAACUUCAACUUGAAUAGCUAAUGUUUGUUCCAAUAGUGAUCUGUUGAUAUGUGAUAAUUACAGAGCUAAUAUCUGUUUGUUGCUCUUGAUUGCUGGGGUUAAAACUUGAUAUCCAAGGACAUAUCAUCGUUAAAGAUGCUGUUGUCAGUGGUCUCUAGAAACUAUGUGAUCAUGUAUCAUCCUUUGCUUUCUCAUUUUGCCUUCUGAUGGUAAUAAAUGGAUGGUGUAGAAAAGCUAGUAAAAGUUGCAGGAUAGUCUGAUGAUGAAUAUCUUACAUUGGUAGUAGGAACUAGGAAUAAUAUCCAUCUUUCCAAAAAGCAUGGAUGUUUUUGGAGUUAAAAUCAUACAUGAUACUUUUUGUCCCCUA